GUUAUCCAGGCUGUCUUCUUUGGGAUCUGUGUCUUGACCGACCUCUCCAGUCUUCUCACUAAAGGAAAUGACAGUCAAGAGCAAGAGAGGCAGCUGAAAAAACUAAUUUCCCUCCGCGACUGGGUGAUGGCUGUUUUAGCUUUCCCUGUUGGAGUGUUUGUUGUGACAAUGUUUUGGAGCAUCUAUAUCUAUGACAGGGAACUGGUUUACCCGAAGCUGCUUGAUAAUUUUAUACCAGCGUGGCUAAAUCAUGGCAUGGUGAGUAAAAUAAUGCAAACACUUCAUUAUAUAAACAAAAGUCUAAGACACUGA